AUGAACACAAGCCCUAGUACCGACGAUGCAGAAGAUUAUAUACGUUUUGUGGCAAAGAAUGCAGUUCCAAAUGCCAUCACAAUUCAAGAAGUGGAGAAAGAGUCAGACAAGGAUCCAGAACUUUCCAAGGUUAGAUCUUGUAUAUUGACUGAUGAUCAAUGGGAAUCGGUAGAUGUAGCAUAUAGAUCUGUCAGACAAGAACUUAGUGUUUUGGGAAAGUUAGUAAUUCGUGGUACACGCCUAGUGAUUCCGAAGAUAUUACAGAAGAAGGUCCUGAAUUUGGCACAUGAGGGACAUCAAGGAAUCGUUAAGACCAAACAGCGUUUAAGAAGUAAAGUUUGGUGGCCAAAUAUUGAUAAGGAGGCAGAAAAAGAAUGUCGUACAUGUCAUGGAUGUCAGGUGGUGCAAUUACCUUCUCGUCCAGAACCAAUGGUAAGAACACGUUUACCAGAAUCUCCAUGGGAAAUAAUUGCUUGUGAUUUACUUGGUCCAAUAAACAAUAAUAUUUACAUUCUAGCAAUAAUCGAUUAUUAUAGUAGAUGGAUUGAAAUAGAUAUUCUGAAAUCUAUUACAUCGUCAAAGAUUGUUCAGUCUUUAGAUCGAAUGUUUCUUACUCAUGGAUUACCAUGUGAGUUAACGUCUGAUAACGGUCCACAAUUUGUGUCUUCUGAGUUUGAGGAGUUUUGUGAGAAGAAUGGAAUUUAUCAUCGCCGUAUAACUCCAUUAUGGCCACAAGCAAAUGCUGAAAUCGAAAGACAGAUGAGAAAUUUAAACAAAGUAAUUAAAAUUUCUUAUGCGCAAGGAGGAAAUUUAGAGGAGGAACUUAAUAAAUUCCUAACAGCGUAUCGUACAACACCUCAUGGGACUACUGGAAAAGCCCCAGAUGAGAUGUUAUUCAAGAGACGUCUUCGCACAAAGAUACCUGAAUUGGUUCCUUUUGAUAAAUGUGAUGAAGAAGUACGUGAUAGGGAUGCAGUUCUCAAACAGAAAGGAAAGGAAUAUGCGGAUGACAAGAAGAAUGCAAAAUAUCCUGACCUCAAAGUUAAUGAUAAAGUUCUACUGCAGCAGCGUAAAACGUGUAAGACAACAACUAUGUAUGAACAUGAUCCUUACGAGAUUGUUGACGUGAAUGGUUCACAAGUGACAAUCAAAUCAGGUGAAGGUGUUUGCUACAAACGCAAUUCUUCACACGUUAGAAAAUUUGAAGAAUCAGAUUUACCAUCGGGAAAUGAACAUAUUGACGAGUCGGAACAUUUCAAAGAACCGGACACUAAUGAACAAGUGAUAGAUAAAUCGUUGGUCGUUGCUGAACCAAGACGUUCAUCCAGAAGUACAAAAGGAAGAGCUCCAGAGAGACUUGAUUUAUGA